GUAGGAUUCUGGUCGCACACAGGGACAGGAGACUCGAGAACGAGGCUCUGCUCAGCAGAGGAGAUCUUUCGCUGUAACUUUGAUCACUUGCACCAAUAUGCACAGUGCAAGUGAAGCAUCAGAAAGGUCGUGAUCUUCGUCCCGUUUCUCAUGCUCUGACCAUCAUCUCAGACUGCUGCACACAGGCUUGAAAUCGACUCUUCCAAGUGUGAAGCACCCUAUGUCGACGUAUGCUUGUGUAGGGUAAGGGAGUCACCUAUUCCGCAGGCGAGAUCACAGUGUUUUAUGCACGUCGCAUUGACCUUUGUCUGUGGCCAUUGUGGCGAUGAUUUGUGUUCAUUUAUCGGGUGGCAUGGCGAUUGCCAUUCAAGAUCCUGUUUCCUCAACCUGCCACUUUCUGUCCCCACUCUCAUCACCGUUGCCCGAACCUCGACACAGACAUGGCUGAACGGCAGAAGGUCGCUACUCGUGGAAUGCCACCCUCUGCUCAUCGUCACUCGAGAGUGCACCAGAUCGUACAAGAGUCCCCUGCCAAGACGCCUCGCAAUGAGCCUUCCUUCGCUGCGGACGCCUCGGGCUAUGAUCUCUCCGCUUUUGGCGACAUCUCGCUCACGAAACCCUUCUGUCUACCCGGCCGCGAAGUUGACUGGAACGAGCGCCCUCAACGACUUGCGGACCGCGUCUCUCGGCCUGCACCUGCCAAUCGUACUCGGGCUCGAGCGAACAGUGGCGCCACCGCUCACAACACCUUCCGACCCACCGUGCGCUUCUCCAAAGACUCUGCUGGCGCGCAGACCAAGAGCACGCCGCUCACACCUCGCAGCGACUUUCGAAAGGUCUUCAACGAGUACAAGAAGCAGAAACAGAACUCAAACGCUCUUCCGUUCGACCUCUCCAGCAUCAGGGACAAGCUUGACGACGUUAGGAGCAAGGCUCUUGUUCGAGACCCUGCCACUGUCACUUCGCGGGACGCCAGCCGUCCCCGCACCCUUCACCGUGCCAAUACCGCGACAGCACGGGUUCGACCUGAGCAGAUCUACGAACCGAAGCGUGGUCACAAGGCCAAGUCGGCCGACGAGGAUAGCUCUCACGAUGAAGGGGAAUCCCAGACUGCAGAUGACCCCCGUGAUGAAGACGAGAUAGCGCCUGAUCGCGACCAGCCGACCUAUCUGAAGCAGGCGACAUCGCAGAAACGGCCCACGUCCCAGAUCAGUGAGUCCUCGGCCUAUCAGAGCUCGGAGAAGGUGCAGGGGAUCCAGGAGUGGGCUGCGAUGGUGCAGAAGGAGCGCGAGCGUGAGGAAGCAGCGGAGAAGCUGAAGCACCGAGUAAGGUCGUCUUCGCCGACCAAGGUCGUGGCGCCUAAGAAGAUACGUGCGCCGGCCACGCUGGCGCACGAGGAGACGGUCAUCAAGGGGUUACUCGACCGUAUUCCCCCUAGGCUGCGUGGCGAGAAGGCGUAAUAGCACCUGCCCCUCCUACGAUCUAUCCUACGUGUACUACUUAAUCUACUACCAAGUUCGGCGAUGAAUGAAUCGACAUUCCUAAAGGAGGC